GAGUUGACUUCGAUAUCAAUGGAAAAGAAUCUUGCUAACCAAAAAGUUCAGGAGCAUAAAGUGGAAAUGAACAACUUGAACAUGGCAUUACAAAAGGCCACAGGUGAAGCACAAAAAGAAUCAUCAGAAGGUAAAAAGAAUAUGGCAAAGUUGAGAGAGCUUGAAAAUGAGAUUUUAAGAUACCAACAGACCAUAAAUAGAAUGACUGGAAGCUCUGAAAAGGCUGCAGUGAGCCUUAAACAAGAUAUCGCUAGUCUUCAGAAAGAAAAGCAAGCUGCGGACCAAAAGCUGCAAACUUUAAAGACUGAAUAUGAUGAACUUAAUUUCACUCUUAAAAAGACAAAAGAUGAGCUAUUGAGACUGAGUCAAGAAGGAAAAAUUAAUCAGUCAAAAAUCAAAGAGAUGGAAGCAGAACUACAGAAAAAUAGGUUGACCAUGAAAGAACUUAGCUCAAAUUCUGAUAAAUAUACAGCAAACCUAAAGCAAGAAUGUUCUAACCUUCUUAAAGGAAAGAGUGCUGCAGAAGAAAAAAAUACAACAUUGGCAACUGAAAUUUCACAGCUGAAAAAAAAGUUGGAGCAAACCCAAGGAGAUCUAAUGCAGAAGCAGAAUGAAACAGCAGCUGCUAAACUGAAAUCACAGAUGUUAGAAGAACAUUUAGAAAAUUGCAAAAGGAUGCUUGAGGACCUAAAAGGGAAACUUGAACUACAGAAGAAAGGCUAUGAGACCCAGUUACAUUUAGUGCAUUCUGAGAUGGAGCAAAAACUAGCAUUGCAGGACUCCCGUAUGAAACUGGAUUAUGAGAGAAAAUCAAAGGAGUGCUCACAUAGUACUGAAACAAUUGAGCGAGACAACAAACAUCUCUUGCAAGAGAUUGAGCAGCUGAAAGCAAUGCAUAUCAUUGUGACAAAAACAAAACAGGAGAUUCAACAACAGCUUGAUAGCUUACAUGCUCAACUGGAACGAACUGAAAAACAGAAAGGAGCUGUGGAACUUGAAUUGCUCAAAGCAAAGUCUAAAAUUACAGAACUGGAAUCAGAGAAAAUCAAGAUGAAAUCCAGCAUUUCUCAGAUAGACAAUGUCAGUAAAGAGAACUCAAAAGAAACAACCAGAUUGAAACAGAUGUUGAAACAGAGAGAACAGAAAUUGGAAAUAGCUGAAAAUGAAGCAAAAUCUGUUAAAGAGCAGGUUGCUUCAUAUAUCAAAGAAGUGAAGUCUUUACAGGAGAAGAAUUUAAAGCUUGAGGUAACUAUCAAUUCUGGAAACAAAUGUCUGAAAGAAGCAGAGUCUCUAAGCCAAACCAGUCACCAGUGUGCAAAAGACAGUGAGCUUGCAAAGCUAAAGACUGAGUUGAUAUUGACACAAAAAAUAGUGUCUUCAUAUGAAGAGGCAAAGCAAAAACUGGAGGAGGAACUUAACAAAAUAAAACUCACUUCUGAGAUAGCCACUCUGGAGAAGGAUAAAGCACUGGAGGAGCUGAAAAAAGUGAAACAGUACAAAAUGGAAAGAGUAAAUAGUAGAGUUGAGGAACGGAGGAUAACAGAAAACACAGUCCUAAAUUUAACCACACCAGAAAACCAAUCAAAGCCACUGAUAUCCAGUAGCAACCAUAGUUCUGAACACACAUCCAUAGUCAGGAAAAGCUCACGAUCAGAUAAAGGCAAGUCUGGGAAAAUUCACUCUGUAACAUUUGAUAUCAUCACCUCUGAGUCUUCCUGUGAUGAUUCUACUGAUUUGUCCAAGAUAGAUCAGACUGAAUCGAGUACCCCAAAAUUUCAAGGUUUAAGGGGACGGAUCAGUAUUAAAAAAUUGAUCAAAACCAAAAUAAUAACUCACGAACUUGCCCUUAAGUUGGAAAAAGGCUUGAUAACCAUGGAGGAGCUAGAGGCAUUGCUGGGCCAGUUCACUGGAAAACCUGCAUCAAUUGCUGGAAUUUACUUGGAAUCCAGGAAGAAAAAGUUAUCUUUUAUGGAAGCUGCAGAGGCAGGUCUUAUGGCAAAGACCUAUGCCGUGGAGUUCUUGGAGGCACAGGCUGCCACAGGAGCCAUCAUUGAUCCAACAACUGGUGAAAGCUACACUUCUUUAGAUGCUCUUGAUAAAGGCAUCAUCAGUGGAAGUUUGAGGGACAAAAUAACAGAUGCUGACAAAGCAGUCAGUGGUUACCCUCAUGGUGGAAAAAUACUUUCUGUAUUUCAAGCUAUGGAAGAAAGAAUUGUAGACAGACAUAGAGGGAAGGGGAUAAUUGAAGCACAAAUUGCUACUGGAGGAUUGAUUCACCCAUUAAUUGGUAUGCGGGUUCCGUUGGAGUGUGCCAUCGAACAGGGACUCAUAAAUCAAGCCAUGCUCCAUACUCUCUUUGAUCCUGUCAGUAACCCAAAGAGCUUCCACAACCCAGAAACAGGACAGAGAGCAUAUUAUAUUGAACUUCUGAAAAAAUGUGUUUAUGACAUAACUGGUGGAGUGUAUUUGCUCCCCUUUGGGGAGCACCAUAUUUCCAGUUUCUCUCCAGCCAGCACCCACAGAGUGUCGGUCAUUAACAGUGCUACUGGAGCAGAAAUGUCAACAUAUGAGGCAUACAAAGCUAACCUCAUAGACAGGAGAACCUACCUGUUCCUCUCACAACAGGAGAGUGAAUGGCAAGAGAUAACUUCCAUGGACUCUGAUGGAAAUCCUUUGCAUAUUUUGACAGACCAAAAGAGUGGUCGGGAGUUUUGCAUUGAAACUGCUCUGAGUCUAAAGAUACUUCAAACAAGUGAGCUAGACAGUUAUCGCAGUGGUCAGCUGAGCAUCUUUGAACUUGCUGACCUUCUAAUUUCACGGAAAGUUGUGAUCAAAGAUACAAGGAGCCCCAUUUCAGGGCUCUGGGAUGUAGCCUUGAAAAAAAGGCUUUCUAUUCUCAAAGGACUACAGCAAAACCUUGUGGACAGACUCACUGCAUUUAAGCUCUUGGAAGCCCAAGCUUGCACCGGAGGUAUCUGUGACCCAGCAACUGGAGUCAGAGUUCAAAUUGCAGAAGCACUGCGCCAAGGACUCCUGGAUGAAAAUUUUGCUCGACAAAUGCAGCAAUAUGAGCAAGCUUACUAUGGAAUAAUUCACCCCAAGACUGGAAAGACCUUGACAGUGACUCAGGCAAUGCAUGAGAACCUAUUGUCAAAAGAUGUUGGACACCGGUGUCUUGAGUAUCAGCUUGCAACUGGAGGUCUGAUAGACCCAGAGACCCAUGAUAGGGUGUCAGUUGAGGAGGCAAUCCAGAACUGCCUUAUUGACAAAAUAACAGCUGCACAGUUGAAAGAUGACCAUUUGCAUGCUAAAAGUAUUACCUGCCCGAAGACAAAACGAAAAAUUUCCUUCAAAGAAGCUCUGGAGAAAGGUGUAUUUGAUAGUCAUACUGGGCUCCUUCUGCUAGAGGCAAAGCCUCGUAGUGCUGGGGCUACAUCAUCUUUUCAAUACAUUUGGACCUAUCGGCAUUUCUGAUGUACACAAAGUUAAAUAAAUAGAUUCAUACGGAUAUUAAUGUUGCUAAUUGUAAAGGAAAAAGCACAUCCAUAAAUUAGUGUAAUGCAAGUGAUAUUAUGCAGAUUGGUGGCUACUAGCUUCCAUUUAUUUUUAGCAUAUUUGGAUCUAUUCCUUUAGGUACAAAUAAUGCAACAGGAGCAUUUGUUGGUAAAAUAUGCAUCAUGAAUAUAUGAAUAUAUAUAUAUCUAUGACUCAUUGGUUAAACUUUAUAUUAAUUUGUGUAUACAUGUGUAUGAAUAUGUUAAUCUAUAAUUAUCUACAUGUUUUCUCAGAUUGGUUGAAGGCAGUUUUACAGUAAUCAACUACAGUACACAAACUCACUUAAAAUUCACAAAACUAAUGUUACAUUUCUGAAACAAAAUGGCAUGGAAGUAUAUAUACUCAGUGAUACUAUUAGAAAUCUAGAUGUAAUGUCAGUUGAUUUACUUUUUUAUGUUUGUGUAAUUCAUG